AUGUACGGCAUCGCAAGUGCUUCACCACUGCAAACUCUUGAGCACUUUGACAUCACAGAACAACUUCCUCCCGAUGCCAUGCAUGACAUACUCGAAGGCGGUAUGGAGUGUGUCAUUCGCCAUGUUCUGGGAGGCUUAGUUGGUGACCGAGUGAUCCGUAAACAGGACCUUGAAAGGAUAUCGUCCUUCAAGUAUGGCUUUCAUGACAAAAAGGCCACACCUCUUGCCGUUACGAUUGCAUUUCUUAAUGACAAAGCCCCCAUGAGGGGAUCAGCUAGCCAGAAAUGGUGCUUGUUUCGUCUGCUUCCCGAGAUAUAUGCUGAAGUUGUUCCUGAAGGCACUUCUCACUGGGAGGUGUACUUGGCAUACAGACACAUUGCUGACAUUAUUUUGGCAGAGAAAAUCCCAAGGAGCUGUGUGCCAUAUCUACAGGUGAAGGUGGAGGAGUUUCUCGAGCUGUAUACAGUGCAGUACCCAAAUGCAGCAGUGACACCAAAACUGCACUUCUUGCUACACUAUCCAAAGUAUAUUCUCAAGUAUGGCCUACCGCGCCGCUACUGGGGCACGCGAUUUGAGGCUAAACAUUCUUAUUUUAAGAGCAUUGCAUCCAAGGCCAAGAACUUCAAGAACAUCUGUCUUACACUUGCAACACGUCACCAACUUCUUCUGGCAUAUGAGCUGUCGGGCAACAUGUUGAACUCAGAUCUUGAAACAACUGGAGCAAAGCAGCUUAAUCUAGGAGAUCUUCCAGAACAACAGCAGUUGGCUCUUUGUAAAGUGUCUGAAGAGGAGUUCAUCUCCACAGCUACAACCGCUAGCGACGGUGGUUACUAUUAUCGCACAGGUGACACGUUUGUCCACAGUGUGCACGAUGGUGAGCCGCAGUUCAUGCAAAUUGAAAGAGUCCUUGUUGUUAUCGGUUCAUUAGUGCUCCUAUGCAAGCCCCUUGAAACUCUGCGAUGCAGUGAACACAGAUCUUCUUACAUUGUCAAGGCAUCUGCUGCCUUAGUUGCAAUAAUUCCCGAUCACAAACAGGGUUUCUACCCGCUUGACCUUUAUUCCAGCCAUGGAUUUUGUGAGAUUGUGACGCACUAUGCUGUUCUCUAG